AUGGCAAGGGAAGUAAGUUCUUCAAACUUGUUAUUUCUCUCUCUGGCUCUACUAAUCAUCACACUGUUCCUCAUACCAAAUUUCACUUCUGCUUAUUUGGAGGAAGCCAAUGCUCUUCUUAAAUGGAAAGCAAGCCUUGAAAUCCCAAAAAACUCCUUUCUCUCUUCAUGGAUUCCCCUCCCUUUGAAUUCCAGUGCUUCAGCUCCAUGCACUUCUUGGUUUGGAGUAGUUUGCAAUGCUGAUGGGAGCAUUCAGAAGUUGAACCUCACAUCAUCUAGAUUAAAGGGUACGCUUCAUCAAUUUUCAUUCUCUUUGCUACACAAUCUUACGCAUUUUGAUCUCAGUUUGAACAACUUCUAUGGCCCCAUCCCACCAGAAAUCCAACUUUUGUCCAAAGUUGUCUAUCUUGAUUUUUCAGAGAACAAGUUUUCUGGAGUAAUCCCACCUGAAAUGGGAAACCUACACCAGCUAACCAUAUUGUACCUAUACUCAAACUAUAUAUCUGGCUCAAUUCCUUCAUCAUUGAGUGAUUUGACAUCUUUAAAUGUCCUUCAUUUGCACCAAAAUCAUUUGUCUGGUCCCAUUCCUAUUGAACUUGGGAAUUUGAAGUCUCUCAUUGAUCUUAAGGUGAGCCACAAUCAACUUAGUGGUUCUAUUCCUUCAUCAUUGGGUGAUUUGACAUCUUUGAAUCUACUUUAUUUGCACCAAAAUCAACUCUCUGGCCCCAUUCCUAUUGAACUUGGGAAUUUGAAGUCUCUCAUUCGUUUUAAGGUAAACGACAAUCAACUAACUGGUUCUAUUCCUUCAUCAUUGGGUAAUUUGACAUCUUUGAAUGUACUUUAUUUGUACCUUAAUCAACUCUCUGGUCCCAUUCCCAUUGAACUUGGGAAUUUGAAGUCUCUAACUGAUCUUGGGGUGAGCAACAAUCAACUUAGUGGUUCUAUUCCUUCAUCACUAGCAAACCUUAGCAACAUACAGUGGUUGAUCCUCAGUGUUAAUAAUUUAUCUGGUCCAAUUCCUAUUGAAAUUGGGAAUUUGAAGUCUCUCACUCAUCUUUCCGUGAUGGGAAAUCAGCUUAGUGGUUUCAUUCCUUCAUCAUUUGGUGAUUUGACAUCUUUAAAUCUCCUUUAUAUGUCUCACAAUAAACUUGCUGGUCCCAUUCCUAGUGAACUUGGGAAGUUGAAGUCUCUCACUGAUUUUAAGGUGAACAACAAUCAAAUUAGUGGUUCUAUUCCUCCAGAGUUUGGAAAUUUAACUCAACUACAAAGACUUAAACUGUCUUCAAAUCAUUUGGUUGGAGAGAUCCCAAAGGAGUUUGGGAAGAUGAAAAGUAUGUUGGAACUGUACUUGGCUGGCAACCAACUUUCAGGUGUUAUACCUUUUGAGCUUGGAUUUUGUGAACUCCUUGAAGUACUCGAUCUAUCCAAAAAUAGAUUGAAUGGGUCGAUUCCAAGAAAUAUUGGUCAAUGGGCACAAAUCCACUACUUGAAUCUUAGUAAUAACAAGCUCAGUGAGAAAAUUCCAUCGGAAAUUGGUAAACUAGUUCAUCUUACGGAACUUGAUUUAUCUCAGAAUUUUCUUACGAAAGAGAUACCAUCUGAAGUUCAAAGUCCGGUCCCCCUUUUCCCUAACAUUGUGAAUGCGUCCUUAGAAAGCAAUCCAGAUUUGUGUGGGAAUGUUAAAGGAAUGAAACUUUGUCCAAGUCGAAUUAUGAAGAAGAAAAAUGGUCCCUUUCAUCAUAAGCUUAUCCUUGUAAUUAUGCUCCCUCUUAUCGGGUCUGUUUUACUUGGUGUGCUCACGUAUGGCCUCAUUGCUAAUCUACAACAAAAGAAAAAGUCUCCACAAAAACCAUCGGACGAAGAAAGUGGUGAUUAUUUCUCUAUUACAAGCUUUGAUGGAAAAGUGGUGUAUGCUGAUAUCUUGAAGGCAACAAAUGAUUUCAAUGAAGCAUACCGCAUUGGGACUGGAGGAUAUGGGACUGUGUACAAAGCGGAGCUACAACCGAACAAUGUGGUAGCCGUUAAGAAACUUCACCCAUCAUCUGAGAAUGUUGAUCAUAAUGGAUUCCUUAAUGAGGUACGAGCAUUAACCAACAUAAGGCAUCGAAACAUAGUGAAACUCUAUGGAUAUUGCUCCCACGUUCGCCACUCAUUUUUGAUUUAUGAAUACCUUGAAAAUGGAAGCCUUGAAUCAAUCUUAAGAAGCGAUGUCUUAGCAAAAGAAUUGGAUUGGUUGAAAAGAGUAAAUAUUGUAAAGGGUAUUGCUAAUGAUUUGGCUUAUAUGCAUCACGAUUGCUCACCUCCUAUAAUUCAUAGAGACAUAUCCAUAGCCAACAUCCUUCUUGAUUCUGAUUAUGAGGCGCAUAUUUCUGAUUUUGGCACGUCCAAGCUUUUAAAGCUAGACUCUUCCAACUGGACCGCAAUUGCAGGCACCUUUGGUUAUAUCGCACCAGAGCUUGCUUAUACGAUGGUGGCAAAUGAGAAAUGCGAUGUGUAUAGCUUUGGAGUUAUUGCAUUAGAAGUGAUAAUGGGAAAGCAUCCAGGAGAUCUCAUAACAUCUUUACCAACAUUGUCUGAUGAUGAUGAUUAUCUGGUGCCAACAAACGUGGGAGAUAGUCGGAUACCUCCUCCCUCAUCCCAAGUUGAGAAACAAGUUAAGUUGGUUUUGAAUCUCUCAAGAGCAUGUUUGAACUCCAAUUCACAUGAAAGACCAACAAUGCAACAAGUUUCAAAUCGGUUAAUGAAGGAUCUGCUUUGA